AUGUUUGUAAAAUGUGUUAGUGCAAUGAUCUGUAUCUCUAGUUUUUUAUACACUUUUUAUGGUUUGUGUAAUUUGACAUAUUUUUUAUCAAGUCAUAACAAAGAUAAAGAAACAAUUAUUUCAGCAAGAGAAGAUGAAGAUAUUGAUUCUGUAUUGUGGUUGCUAAUAGUAAAUAUGUCGCUAUUAAGUAUUUUCAUGUUACAACAUUCGCUUAUGGCUAGUAAUUUUGUGAAACAUUUAUUUUGUAAACUGCAUAUGGAUUAUAUGGAAAGAAGUAUUUAUAAUGUUGCUACUGCUAUGUCUCUUCAUUUAUUAUUUAAUAAAUGGCAAAUUAUUUCAUCUAUUACAUUAUGGAAAGUUAAUACCUCUUCUGAUAAUGUUUCAUGGUACACAUUCACUGCUUUUCAUGUGUUGGCUUGGUCUAUAAUUUAUAGUGGGUGUUUAAUGAUGGAUAUAUCUGAAUUAGCUGGAAUAAAACAAGUAUAUUAUAAAUUUUCAUUGAGAUCAAAUCCUAUGCUAAUGAAAUCUAAAGAAUUAUUACGUUAUUACUCACAUAUGAGACAUCCAAGUUUUACGGGAUUUAUUAUUAUUUUAUGGAUAUAUCCUUACAUGACAUUAGACAGAUUAUUAUUGGCUUUGAUACUCACAGUGUAUAUGACCUUAAUGUGGACUAUUGAUAAAGAAGAUUAUAAUUAUCAUGCUAAUCUUGUGAAGAAAAAGCAAAGAGAAUUGUUCUGA